AUGGACAACGGAAAAGCUCCCCUCCCCGCCAACGGAGCCUUUCGCAACGGUGCACCAGGUGGCGAAACCAAUACCAGACUGAUCAACGUCCAGCCGCCUCGUCGUGAGGACCUCCAGCCAGCUUACGCCCAAACACUGCAGGGCGAGAGCGAAGAUGCUGGCUCCCAUGGCUGGUAUGGAUCCAUGAUCAACACCCUCGGUUCGCUCGUCGGUUGCUGCGGUGCCAUCCCGUGCUGCAUCGUUUGCCCCAACCCAUACAAACCAGUCAGUCAAGGAAACGUCGGUCUGGUCACCAAAUUCGGUCGCUUUUACCGCGCCGUCGACCCAGGUCUGGUGAAGAUCAACCCUCUGUCGGAGAAGCUCAUCCAGGUCGACGUAAAGAUUCAGAUCGUUGAGGUGCCAAAGCAAAUCUGCAUGACCAAAGAUAAUGUCAACCUGCAACUUACCUCCGUCAUCUACUACCAUAUCACCUCGCCACACAAGGCCGCCUUCGGUAUCAGCAACAUCCGCCAAGCUCUUGUUGAGCGUACUCAGACCACUCUGCGCCACGUUGUUGGCGCCCGUGUUCUCCAAGAUGUCAUCGAGCGCCGUGAAGAGAUUGCCCAAUCCAUCGGUGAAAUCAUCGAAGAUGUCGCAUCAGGCUGGGGUGUCCAGGUCGAGUCAAUGCUCAUCAAGGAUAUCAUCUUCAGCACCGAGCUUCAAGACUCCCUCUCCAUGGCCGCCCAGAGCAAGCGUAUCGGAGAGUCCAAAGUUAUUGCCGCACGCGCCGAAGUCGAGAGCGCCAAGUUGAUGAGGCAGGCCGCCGAUAUCUUGAGCUCGGCUCCAGCCAUGCAAAUCAGAUACCUGGAGGCUAUGCAAGCCAUGGCGAAGACGGCAAAUUCGAAAGUAAUCUUCUUGCCCGCGACGAACCAAACCGUGCAGCAGCAGCUUGCGCAGGCCGAUACCUACGGUGAGGGCCCAAGCAGCCAGGGUCAGAGCUCGAAGUCGUCGACUGGGCCAUUCAUGGGUGAUACCAAUGAUGGAUUCCAGCAGGCGAUGAACGCGAGGGUCAUCGAGAACAUCUAG